CGACACGUGCUCAAGGCCAAGGUGAAAUUCUUUAGCACCUCGAUCUGCGAUGAUUCUUUCGGUUUCGAAGGCGCAUUGGACCAUGUGCAUUGGACCAUGUGCGCAGAGAUGGGAAUGUGGACCAUGGGGGCUGGCGUGUGGACCAUGGGGGAGAAAGAGCUGCUUAGCUUGUUGGUGCAGCUCAGCGGCUUGGAGACGGACUCGGCGGAGCUUGGGAAGCAGAAGGAG